CUCAGCAUACUGACACACACGUUCACACAGAGCAGAAGCGGUGAGAGGACCGGUCCUGUGCUUCCCAGCAAUGGCGCAAGGUUCAGACAGCAACGACACAUGUUACACCGGCUCGCCUUCUCCUGACAUCCAGCAGGACUCCAUGGACAAUGUGAAGAAGGUCAUGAGGAGGGAGAAGAACCGGGUAGCAGCACAGAAGAGCAGGAUGCGGCAGACCCAGAAGGCCGACAGCCUGCACCUGGAAAGCGAGAAGUUGGAGAGGGAAAAUGCUGCACUGAGACGGGAGGUGAAGCAGUUGACAGAAGAGGCCAAAUACCUGAGUGCUGUGCUGAGCCAUCAUGAGCCUUUGUGCUGCGCUGUGGAUUUGCACUCCUCCACCAACCAGUGCUUCUUCCCCCCUUCAGGGCCUUCCAGCAGGCCUAUGUCACCUCACUGCGCUACCAUCUCUGACCACCAAGGGGAGACAUUUUUACCACACUGUCUCCUGGAGAGUAACAUUUACAAUCUGCUGGUACAGAUGACCCACCACAAGACCGAGAUUAAAUUAACCAAAGCAGAAUUUAAUGUAAAAUGACAUUUUUGGGUUACAUAGAAUUAUCUGUUUAGGACCAUUAUAUAUAUUUUUUGCCAUUUGUAAAUGAUGGUUUCAAGAAUGAAAAUGAAAUUAAUGUCAUUUAAUGUCUUCUUAGUACUUAUCUUGUGCUGUUAUUACCUAUCCUAGCUUUCACUUAUUUCUCUUAUUUACUGCUGAGUCUAAGAGCUCCCCACAAAAAUUCCUACAUACCUGUACUGUCUGUGUUUGUACAAAUGGCAAAUAAAUGUCUUGAAUCUUGAAAUUAAGCAUAAAAUGUUGAUACUGACAGCAACUAUAAACUUGGUAGUAAUGACUCAAAAAAGGAGAGAGAAUGAAAAGGACUGCCAUUCUGCUGUAUAUCUCUCUUGGAGUCUACGGAUAAUAAAAUUACUACUGUAUUGUGAAAAUCUAUCUUCAACUUAUAAAUAACUGUACAGGUAUGCUGUCUUUAUGCUUUGGCAGCUGAUAACACUGAACAUUUUAGUGUGUAUAAAUACAUUUUAUGGUGUGUAUAUGCAUGUUAGUGUGUAUAUAUAUUUGAACUUCCUCUGCCGGGCCCCUGGAGAAAAGCCGCCCCCCCCUUUGAGUGUGGUUCCUUCCAAGGUCUCUUCCUGCUAGGAAGUUUUUCCUUGCCAUUUUCGCCUCUGGCUUGCUCUCUGUCAGCUUUGGCCAGGGAUAAUUGAAAGUGCCUUGAGACAAUGCAAUAUUCUGAAGUUGCGUGUAUGAAUUGUAUUUAAUAGAACUGAAUGGAAUUGAAUUGAAAUGAAUUGGAUUGGACUGGAUUGAAUAAAAUCGAAUUGAAUUGAAUUGA